AUGAAUGCAGUUGUCGAUAACAUGGAGAUUCGAUUGCGGAAAUCCAACUACGAAAAUGAACAGUUUAAAAGCGAUUUAGAUAUAGAUAAAAAUCUAACUUAUAUACGAAAGGAUGCUCAUAUUAAAGAGGAGCCUAGAUCUUCAUGUCUCCACAAAAAAUGUACUGCAUGCAGAACAAUGCUAAAAUCUAUGAAAUUAGUGUGUCCGCCUUCACUUAGAGGUUACUCUUUGAACAAUGAUAUAUCGCGUUAUACGGAAAAACGUCGUAAAGUGUAUGCAUUUUUGCGAAUACCGAUUGAACUGGAAAAGUUUCUUUUCUAUGGUUUCUUGCAAUGCGUCGAUGCUUUUUGUUAUUUAUCAACAUUUCUACCAAUCCGUUUAUUUAUGUCUAUAUUUGGUUGGCUUAUGUGUUUACGUAAAUGGACUUCAGCCAAUACUUGCGAUCUUCUUAAGGCUUUAAUUAUCAUUAUUACUUCAUUUUUGAUGCAAAUUGUUCGUGGUCAAGGUGUGAUCAAAUUAUAUAUAUUUUACAAUAUGCUCGAAGUUGCUGAUAAAUUAUUCAGUAGCUUUGGACAAAAGAGCGCACUAUUAGGAACAACUAAGGUAUUGCGAAGACCCUCAUUCUUCCAAGCCUCUGGUAGAGUACCCGAGGUUAAGGAUGAUCAUGACCAUCCAAAGGGUUUGAGGGAUAUUCUCGAUGCUCUUUUUUGGACUGCUACAGAAAAGUCCUCCAAUAUUUUGCGUACUUUGGCUCAUUUGCUCGCUGCUGUUGUAUAUGCAGUGAUUCAUACGAUCCUUGUAUUACUUCAGGCGACAACUUUGAAUGUGGCUUUUAAUUCUCAUAAUCAAGCACUAUUAACAAUAAUGAUGUCCAAUAAUUUUGUCGAACUCAAAGGAUCAGUUUUCAAAAAAUUCGCCAAGGCAAAUCUGUUUCAAAUGUCUUGCAGUGAUGUUCGCGAGCGUUUUCAUAUUUUAAUGUUGUUAUCAGUUGUUGUUAUUAGGAAUAUGAUGGCUGUGAACUGGAAAACGGAUCACUUGAUAGAAAUGCUACCUGACUUAGCCAUGGUAAUCGUCGGUGAAUUAAUGGUUGACUGGCUAAAACAUGCUUUUAUCACAAAGUUUAAUGAAAUUCCAGCCGAAGUUUACCAAGAUUUCACCAUUACGAUUGCUUAUGACGUUGUUAAGAGCCGUGAUGAAGACGCGUUUUCUGAUUAUUCGGAUCAAGUCUCUCGUAGAAUGGGUUUUAUUCCAAUUCCAUUGACCAUUAUGUUUGUUCGAGUGCUUACACAGUCGUUCAGUUUCAAUACGAUGCCUGCUAUUUUUCUUUUUGGUUUGGCUUGGAUUUUGCUUUUCAUUAUAAAGGUUUUCAACGGUAUCGUACUUCUUGGGAAAGCAUGUGAGCAUGUGAAUGAAUAUCGCGAUAUUCAAGCUAAAGUUGAAUUUGAAUUAUAUAGAAAAAGAGUGCUUAUGAUGAAAAGCAAAAGUGCUCCAAGCUCUCCGCGUAUCAGCUUAGUAGAUUUUUCAGAUGUUCUUCAUCAAACUUCUACAGUCAAGGGUUUCACAGUAUCAGAUCUAAUGGCUCACUGGGAUGAACUGAGAAGUGCUGCUGAAUCGAAGAUACCUAUACUGGAGACCUCAACACCGAGAAGAACUCAAUCUUUGGCCAUAUUCAGGCCACGAAGAGAUAAGUCGUUACCACCUUCUGCUGCGAUCCUCGAAGUAGACGAGAAAGAAGAUAAUUUAGAAUCAGGUGACACAUCAAAAGCGACUCCAAGAAGGCGUACUCGAACCACCGAGUGUGAAAGUCUUACUGACGUACAAGCGUAUACAUUGUUGAAUUUCGCAACGGAAAAUUCUGGCGAAAUCCAUUCUAAUUAUUAG